AUGUGCACAGAUUUUUGCAUUCCGCAAAUUCUCUCUAGUGCGGAGGACGAUGAAACCAUUCUCUUGGUAAAACAGGCAGAGGACGGGACAUCAAUGGAGUCCUUCCUCUCAGACGACCAUUAUAGUGCUCCACUUAAUACCAAAAAUAUCAUCGGCCUGUUAAAGACAAACUACAAAAGCAUGUUACUAAAGAAAGCUUACCAGAAUCCUCCCGACACUAUUACUUUGAGGUUUUUGAAUCUGUAUGGCGAUGUGCUCUUCUGGAUAAAGUUUGAAAAUCCAACUAUGCUGCCCGGAUUUCGUUUUAGAAGCAACAAUUUUACUUCUUCGCACAAAAUUUUACAUUUAAGUUACAAAAUGCUUCAUAGCUCUUUUUAUUGGCAACAAGUCGAGGACAGGCGUGGUACCUGGUUUACAAUUUUUGAGGGAUAUGACUUUCAAAAAAGGACUUUUCCUAAGUUUUUGUUCUCUCAAAGCAGAACUACGCCGUACAAAUUGGUGACAGAUCCCUUCGUCUAUUCAGAAUGCUACAACAUAACAAAGAGCUUGCCAUCACAUGAAAAUGUCUCUUUGCGAAACUGUCACUUAAAAUGUAAAACCAAAAACGACAUACAUAUGGCAAUUGGGGUACCAUCAUUGAAUGAUCAGAUUAACACUAUGUGUCACUGUGGACAGUUCCACAGAUACAGAUUGGUGCCCCGUGACCUUUGCCCCCUGUGUCCCGACUUCCCAGACCUAAGAUGUCCCACCAAACAACACAUCUUUGCUGGCUAUUUGUUACAAGAAACAGACAUAGCAGCUAGCAUUGCUCAUAAUUAUACUUACCAUCAUCACAUGAUUACAAUCAAUCAAACAACUACAUUUUUAACGGGAGCAGACUUAAAACCUGAGCUCAAAAUUCCCAUCCAGCCAAUUUACAUAAUCCCAAAAAUCAUCAUGAUGACUCGAAGAUGCAGCAUAGCCAAAUUAAAACUGGAUUAUAGCCCUUAUUCAAAUUGUGCAGACUUCAAGGAAAUAAUGGAAUUCAGUAGCAAUGCCAUCCCGAUAUACUGUUUACGAUUAUCCAAUACUUGUGUCAGACCUUUUACAGUGAAUAUAUCCAUUCCUUUUGUAACAGGAAAAUACAUCAGUGCCCAAAGAAUGGUCAUCACUGGAAGAUGGAACACAGCAAGUACAACAGAAGGGGUAACAUCGAGUGAUAUUUCCUCUGGUUUGACUACAAAGGACACAACCCAAAUAAAGUAUAGCAUGAAAAAACUCUUCACUACCAGUGCUACUAAAGUAGUCAACAGACCAACGACAAAUACACUUUUGCUGUCAACAGUGGAUCAUCUUUUGACAAAAAUAGCCACAAGAUCUUCAACAAUAAAGGACUUCACUUUGAAAAAUUCUUCUCUUGUAUUAAACAUUAAAACAUCAUCAAAAACUGUCACCCACAAUGCACCACUUCCUGCUAAAACUGUUUCCCAUGAUGCCUCAGAAGCUGGAGCCAGAACUCUCACUACAUCAAAUACUUUCCAAUCCAUUUCAGGGAAAAAUUCUAGAUUUACAAGGUCCUUUCCAAUGAAAGCAUUCUCUUUGACAAAUACUACUUCUUCAACUGCUAUGAUUCAAAACAACAGCAAAGAAUUGAAAACAGGUAUUAAAAAUCUGUCAACACAUGGGAAACAAAACAGGUCAAAUCAGGCAGAAAACAUGAAAAUCGAGACAGUUUGUGCUGAAAGAAUGAAACACAUGCCUUUUAAUUGCAAACAAUGCAUCCCAUAUGUUAACAAAUCUACACACGUGACAGAAAACAUAAACAAUUUAUUACAAAAAAUCAAGAAAAAAUUAUUAUUACCCAAGAAAAAUUUAACUUCCUAUCGGAGACGACUUGGGAGUGCUGAGGACAAUCGGCAGAGUGCUGUCAAUAUGGGCUGUGUAGGAAUGGCUGUUAUUGUGAGCUGUGUAGUGUGGAUUAUAUCAACAGAUGUUGUAAAUAUAGUGACUUUUAUUGUAUGGAUGAUAAAGAGACUUUGUGCAACAGAUGCUGUUUUAGUACGACUUGAGUAACUGAC